UUAUUAUUCCCCUUUCUCUCGCUCUCCUCGCUUCUCGCUCGGAAUUGUUCGCGGUUUUCAGCCGAAGUUUGAGACUCUAAUCGAUUUCCCAAGUUUGAGACUUUUGUAUUCGCCUUGACUGCGGAUGAGAACAAAGAAAAUGAAUAGUGGACGGACUUUCUUUCAGUCUGUUGAUCGAUAGAGAAAGAGAGAGGGAGGAAGAAAGCCUGCUAAAUUGGACUCCUAGGCAUCUUCCAGCUCCCCCGAUUCUAAGGUAUUUGCAGAGGUGACCUACUGCUUCUAAUCUCAUUCCAUGACUCUGUUUAUUCUCCGACAGUAAGAAGCAGAAAGCAGGCGAGAGAAAAAGAGAGAGAGAGAGUGAUCAACCCUCAAUCAGUCCUCUUCAAUCCAGGACAUCUGCAACAGAGCCCUCUGUUAUUGGAGUUGCACAAGAAUGUGGUGAAGGAUUGUGAUGCUUCAAGCUUACAUCCUCAAAAGGCUUUAGUUGCUGAGAUCUGGUGCCUUAAAGCUCGCCACUGAAACCUUUUUACGGUUCUUCGGCCUACUAUGGGCACCUGUAGAGAUUAGUACGUCAGACUGCGAUCCCAAACUGCCUGCUAUACCAUACAUCAGUAUACUUGAGGUUUCUUCUGAAGACUUAACCCAGAGUGAUAGGGGAUGGCUGGUUCCACUCCUAAAAAUACCAUUAGAUGUCAUCAUUGUGCCGGUCCUCUUUCUAAGGAGAUGGAAACUAGUGCAUGGACAGUUCCACCUCUUAUCAGGGAUAGCUUCUCUAUGAUUGGCUCUGCUGUUGGUGGUACAGUAAGUGCUUUUUAUGGAUUCAAUUAUGUGAUGCCUAUUGUUCAGAGACGGGUAAAAGGACCUAUGUGGUUACAUUUUUUCAUUGGUGCUCCUCCCGUCAUUGUAUUCUCUUCAGCUUGUGCUGGUUUGGCAGGUGGUGCAAUUCCAGCUGUGGCCCAACUUGCUUCGUCAUCUUAUCAUGCAGCUGUCUCAUCCUCGUUGCCUCCUGCGACUUCUCAAGAUGAGAAGAUGCACAAGUCCAGAAAUUCCUCUACUCUGUGAUCCAGAGUCAAUUGUGUGCUUGUGUGCGCACAUGAGGGAAGUCAAUUGUCCACAUCAGUCAUGUGCAGCAUGGGUUUGGUCAUAGAGAGUUGCUUACUUUGGAUGUAAAAGUUCUUAUAUAAUGAUUUGAGCCAACUUAUUCGUGCUAUUAAUAAAACUUUAUGUUUUCAGUAA